CAGGCUGGCCGCGCCCCCCAGCCUCCACGAAGGAGCACUGCCAAGGAUGCAGCCGCGGAAUUGAGACACACCCUUCGAAGGCGUCACCAAGCGGGAAGUGUUUGUGAGGAGAGACUCCAUCUUGGACUCAUUCGACGAAGAUGUCCCGACGUCACGUCAUGUUGUCCUACCAGUGGGACGACCAGGACCUGGUCCUCAAAGUCUACCAGCGCCUCAGGGAGGACGGCCUGCCGGUGUGGAUGGACGUGCAGGAAGGAGGAGUGACGGGAAACAUCAACGACGCGAUGGCGGCGGCCGUGGAGUCGGCGGCCGUCGUUUGUCCUUUCAUGACCGCCGCCUACCAGGCGUCUCGCAGCUGCAAGAAGGAGCUGAACUACGCCGACAGCAGGGAGGUGACCGUGGUCCCUGUCAUGCUGGCCCAGGACUGGGAGGCCAGCGAGUGGCUGGGCCUCAUCACGGCCGGCGUGCUGUGGGUCGACUUCAGGGACAUCUUGAAGGACGAGCAGCACUUUGAGGAGUGCGUCCGCUCUCUGGAGGAGGAGAUCCUGUUCAACGUGGGUCAGUUGCUGACACAGGACCACCAAGCCGAGACCCCCAAAGUCCACCUGAAGAAGAAACCAGGCCGCGCCUUCUGUCACGCGCUUUCCAGGCUUCACAUCCACGACACAGGCGAGCAUUCGGAGUCAGUGAGCGAAACAGGAGGUCCAGUGGAGCUGAAAGAGGUGCUUGAUGGCGCUUGUUACUGGGAGGAGAUCAAGGGCAGCGGCUUCAAGCACUACAGGAACGUGGUGACCAAAAGAUAUUUGGGGUAUGACUCUGAGAGGGACGAGGUCUGCUUGGAGGUGAGACCCUCGGAGCGCGAGGAGUGGCUCCUGCUGGUGGAGCCCACAGAACGCAGUCGCCACGGGGCGGUGGUCCUCAAGAACAAACACAGCGGACGCUUUCUGGCUGUCCGUCAAGGUCAUUUUCUUGCGCUUUCGGCGUACGACGACAAAUGCAAAUGGUUUUUACAAUGACCCCACUCUCAUUUACAAAUUAAAAAUAGAGCUCGCUACAAAAAAAACAACAACCUUUUUAAUUGAUUAGAAUCUUUUUCUCUUCAGAAUGUCAGGUUUCCAGUUGAUAGGAUGACUUUCUUCCGUCUGUAAGAAAGAAAUGAUGCACGGACGUUAAACUUAUUUUCCUGUGAUCGUAAUAAUAAAUACUUUACAUAUAAUAUCUGCAAAAAUAACUCAUUUUAUUAGCAAGGGAGAAAACACUGGAAAGUAAAGUUGAAUCUACUUUAGAGUAGUCAGUGUGCAGCUUGUAUAGUUAUUUAGAGUUACAUCCACUGAGAAUGAGAUAACACAACCGUCAAGAUGUCUACAAUCACGGCUGAGUGUGCACGAGUGACGCCCGCACCUGGGAACUGUGGUCCAUUUUUAAGUAAUAAACAUUAGUAAGAUAAA